UGCCUUUUUGUCUUAUCUUUUCUCUUCACUUAGAUGGCUGCCCUGCAGAGUCCAUUCUACGGGGACAAAAUGAACCUUUACUCACUGUGUAAAAAGAUUGAGCAGUGUGACUACCCGCCACUACCGUCUGACCAUUACUCUGAGGAGCUGAGGAAACUGGUAGAUAUGUGCAUCAACCCUGACCCGGAGAAGAGGCCUGACAUCACCUACGUAUAUGGCAUCGCCAAACACAUGCACGCCUUGACGAUCGCAAACUGAGUCAGCCACCCGAUUCUUCGUGCUUCUACUUUUAAGACCUUCGUCUGGCCCACAAAUGUCAUUUAAAGCUUGUUUUGCUCCAUUGUAAUGUAACCUGGCAUCUUUCAGUACAAAAAAUACAACAUACGGCACAAAGCAAGGCCUUUGGGUUACUAGAACUACAUCAAAAAGACAAAACCGACCUUUACAUAUAGCACUUCUAAGAAGAAAAAAGCAAAAAUAAGCAGUGUUGUAAACUGUUUCGGCUUGAUUUUUGCUCUUUCCGAUGUUGGUCCCAUCAAUGAUUGCAUAUUUACCUCCAUUCGAUUUUUUUUCUGUCACAAGCAUGAAAUGUAAAUCUGAUAUGCUUUUGUAAAUCCCACAACAGCCGUUCCAAGAACUUUUUCACAGCGAAACCUUACGAGAAAAACAUCUCUAUAAAAAGAGAAUUACAUUUUCCCUUAAAAAGCACAUUUCAGAGGUUUGUCGUUCUAUUAAAAGAGCAUGAGAUCAUUGUGCAUUGUGCUCGCAGUUUCCAAGGACAAAAUAACUAGUCCAUCGCUAAACAUGUAUUCAAUCCAAGUAUCGCCUGUCCAGCAUCUUAACAUUUAUUGCAAUACUCCAUAGUAUUUUAAGCCUUAGACCUUUUAAAAUGCAUUGAAUCAUAGAUCAUGACAAUACGUUUGCGUUCACCAGAUUUCAAGUAAUGCAUUCAGAAUGAAGUCCAUUUCUCAAAGGCGAAUCCUACCCAAUUAUAUCAGCACCUCUACGGCUGAUACUUGAACUUUAAUAAAUAAUUAAUGCAAAGGCCUAACAUGCAAUGUAGUAACUUAUAAAUAGUCACACAUCUUUCAUAGUGCCUUGUUGCGUGUAUUUCAGAAAACUGUUCUUCCCGUAAACCAAAACCGAAUUUUGAUACAGAAUUGGCAGCAAUUGCGUCCUUCGAUCGGUUUUCGACAACCGUGCAUCCUGAAAGAGGUACGUUUACAAAACGGUGCUACGUUCACCGAAACGUCUUGACCUCUUCCAGACAGUGCUGCUUUCCAGAAUGUGGCUUGUGAUCUUUGGCAGACUCGGGUCUACUAUGAGUUCCUCAAGCGUAUGAAGUUAAACUCUCCACACAGCAGCACAUUUCACAGACAGUAUGACUUGCUGUGAUAGUACCACGUAUAAAAUGGUAUGUUUUUUGUAACUUUAGUCGUGAGCAUUUUUAGUGUUUACAGUUUUCUUUUUACUGUAUUUUGCGAUAAUCACCCUUUUCUUUCGUCUUUUGUUAACACCGUAACAGAUUACGCUUGUUGCCUUAUCAAUAAUAGUAUGUAUUUAUCUUGAGGAGGCACGCGAGGCCUGUUCCAGCCAGAUCUGGAUCCUUUACCGCGGUAAAGCACACAUGAAGCGGACACUCACUGUCUGCCAGACUGUACUCUCUCUACUUUCACCCGAAUCAUUUGGGAGGGGAAGGAAAGGCAACUUUUUAUUUAUUUGUCUUUUUUGACGGUUUAUGUUUAACAUUCUAGAUGCACAUUCAUUCUUUAUAUGCUAACUGAAAUAAAAAUAAUAAAUCAAAUUAAAUGACGUUAA